GUCCCUUAUCACCGGAGAGCUGGGAGAUUGAGAGUUAUAUAAACUGGACUCGGGGAGUCAAUGGGUCAUAGAAAUCAUAUUAUGCAUGCCGUUGCACAAAGCCCAAGAGAGACAACAUGAAAUGCCUUAUUGCACCUUCCUUUCUUGUGACCAUCUUCCUAGUCCCAUCUCUGGCCCUGGUGAACACCAGUGACAGUCAUUCUCUGGAUGGCUCUGUGGGGACCCAGACCGUUCAUGUCGAUGCCCUCCGAGGUCGGGUCAGCCUCCAAGACAACAAUGUUCUGAGCGAAUGGAAUGGAAUCGUGGACUACAAGAAUGCCCUCCUGGCAGCUAAGCUGUUUAGUAAGAUGGCCUGUGUCCUGGCCAAGAUGGACCUAACAGUCUUCCCAAGUUUGGAUGAUAUUACCCAGGCCCUGGGCAAACAGGAUUCCGGUCACUACCCACCCACCCGCGGACUGACCUACACGGUUUUACCCAGCCGAGUCAAAAACUUGGCCCAAUUUGGAGUGCCUGUCCAGGAUCUGUGCAGAGCAGUCCCCGCCUACUUUGCCCAGCAGCAAAAGGAAGGUUCCGCCCUGGACAUGGACCCAGAAUCCUGUUCUGAGCUCCAGUUUCUCUCCUUCAUGGGACUGUCUAUCUGUGGUGAGAUCCCUGGGCUCUGA